AGGUGUUACACAGACAUCCUGUGACUCUGUGCUGAUAUUUUGGGCCAAGCUACUCAUUUUAUUUGAACUGUUUCAGUACAAUACAAGACACUUCUGGGUUUGGCCACUGGUGCUCCUGGUUGUUGUUUUGAGGUUGUGCUGCACCUUGUGCCUCUGGUGCCUACCUCUACUGGCUUACUUUAUUUGGUGACGUCCUCCUGAUAUACACCCAGGCUCCUGCGUCAUUUCAGAUAAGUUUUUUUACUAUUAGAGAAUGCCUUACCGCUCAGAAAGGAAAAGAAGAGCAUAUUUUAAGAACCGAGACAAUGCAGUUAAAGCUGAUUGUAACAGAAGGUAUUAUGUGCAGAAUUCAGAGUAUUUAAAGGAUAAAGGUAGAUUGGUUUAUCACUCUGACCCUGAUAGGAAAAAGGCAUUGUCUAGGGCUUCAUAUUAUGUACAUUGUAAUAAGAAGAAGGCAGCUGUUAGUGCCUACGUGUUUCUGAUCCCAAAAAGAGAAAUGCAACUGAUAGAGCCCAUUACAAAUUGCAGCCUGGGAAGAAAAAGGCACUAGCUAGGGCAUUGUAUAAGUUGCACAAAGUGAAGAAGAAUGCUUGUGAUAGGGCAUCCUAUAAAUGUAAUGUGGAGAAGC